GAUUUAAGUGAUUAGUUUGUGAUAUAAGAACGAAUUUGGAGAUAUUUGAUCAUGUGGAGAUUGAUAGGAAUAGCAUCGGGAUUAAGAGUGAUCCUAAUGAUGAUUUCAGUUUGAAUUUGUGGUGAUACAAUAAUUAAUUGUGGAUAUUUUGAUUAGGUUCUUGAUCGUUCUGUCAGUUAGUAUGUGAAUUGAGUGCUCGGUUUUGCAAGUGAGGUAAGUAAAUUUAUAAUAAUGCCCGUACUAUUUUAAAAGCAUGUUUUGAUUUGUUUUUGAAGUGGUGGCGGGACUAAACCCGUUUUACACGAGCAUGACUGAUUUGAAGUGAAAUGUCUUAUGCUUUUCAUUAAAUUGAGCAUGCCUACUUGAAAUUUAAUGAUUGUCCUGAUGAUCUGAAAGUGAUUGUGGGGGUUAAACGCUAGCACAUGUCGGCACAUGUCAAUAUGUUCUUGAUAGAACCGGUUCAUUCCUGUAAUCCUGCUAGUGGGAGUUAAACACUAGCAAUUCCUGUUGCCUGCCAAUGGGAGGUUUAAACACUGGCCAUGACCUAUAGAGGAGACGUCUAUUUCGUUCCCGCACUGUAUCCGUUUUUCGUGAUUGUACUUGUUGGCAUGCUACAAGUUUAAUUAAGGGCACUCCAUAUUUUACUUACUGAGUUUAUCUCAUAGUUUUCCUUGUCCACCAUUUCAGGAAGUGAAAUCGAGGACGGGAAAACCACGAGAAGUGACGAGUUAGAAAGCUAGCCAUUUCGAGAUUGAUAUAGAUUUUUUAGAAAUAAAUCAUGAUCUUGUAAGCUAGAGUGUAUUUGGAGAUUUAUGAUCGGAGAAAUCUUAUAAUUUGAUCUUCAGAUUUUGAUGGUAUCAGAUUGUGGUGUGAUAAGUUCUAAGCCUUGUGCAUUUGUGAGACCCGUCUCACGAGUGCACGGCGUCUGUCGCGUCUUGAAAUUGGCCCGUGUGCUUCUGCUCUUCUUCUUCUCCCCUGCAGCCGGCAACGCCCCCAAGCCCGACAGCACCACUCUUGGGAAAAAACCGGUAAAAGCUUGGGGAUUUCUCCUUCUUUUCUUGUUCUAGAACACAUAUAGAACCCAGAAACCUCACCCCUGCAGGAAAUCCCGGAUCUGCUCUGCUCCUUCCUCCAGUCCAUCUGUUGCUCCUGCUUUGUGGGGGCGAAUUGCUCUGGUUUUUGAUUUUUCUCCUUCAUUCCCGCCGGCUCCUCCCCAAACUGCAGCUCCGGUUUUGCUUGCUGGAUUUAUGGUAUGUGAUAGCCCCCUUUGAGCCUAAAAUCAUCCAUUAGUUGUUGAAUUAUCCAUGUAGUGACUGCCCCUAUGAUGUCCGAAAUUCUGUUGAAAAAUGAGGAUGAACUUUGACAGUAAUGAGACAAUGAUUUAGCUUAAUUCAUGUAGAAAAUUAGUUAAUUUGUUGCUGUGAGAUUUUGGAGAAAAAUCAUGUGAAUUAGCCAUUGUUUUGCCAAUUUAUGGAAGUGCAGUUACUGUUUAUGGCGUGAUUACUGUUU